ACGGAGAUAAGCCUUGAAAGAUGAAGAGAGCUUCCCAAAGCCCAUGGGGGGCUGAAGAGGCACUCUAGGUGAUGGGGCUGCGCAAGUAAAGACACAAUGUGGGGACCGUCGGGUAUAGUUGGGACAGCAGGCAGGUCAGGGUGGGUGUGAGGGCAGGCAAGGCUGAAGCUAACCAGAGGCAUCGUGAUGAGAGCCACUGAGUGUGGGCCCUUGGCCAUGCACUCACAUCCUCAUACCACUUCCUGGAGGCAGGUUCCCUCACUACUACCCCAUUCUUUUAGAUAAGGAAAUAGAGGCUCAGAGACAUUACCAAGUCACACAGCUAAGGAUGGCGGAAAUAACCCUUAUCUCAGGUCUACCUGAUGCCCCACCCUGACUCCUCACCACUGGAAUGCCAGGCAAAGGCAUUACUGAGACCUUCCCAUCAAAGGUCUCAGACACGUGGGGACCAAAGGGCAUUCUAUGCCUUAACAUUGGAAGCUGGCUUAAUUCACCCUUUUCUAGUUGGGCAGCUACAGGACUCUUACCAGAAAAGAGGGGAUGGGAUGGAGCAAGAAAUAUUAGAAUUGUUCAGGGGUUUUGUGCUCCACUGUCCACUGGUCUUGGUUUAUUGUUGUUCUACGAUGGUGUAGACUGGCUGCUUCCCAGCUCUUCUCCUGUCAGCCCUGUGCUGUCAUGGCCUUGAGGUGGGUCACUCUUUCUUGACUAGGGUGGCCGUCUGCUCUUCUUCAGCUGGGUUUUUAACUCGACCUUGUACAUCCGGAUACUAUCCAGGUACUGCCGAAUAUUCAUGGAUUCCCGUCUCCAGCGCCCCAGCUUUCUGAGCUGGUCAGUCAUGAAUUUUUUUUUCAAGUGGUCAUACAAGUGGCCCAUCUUUUUCUUGGUCUUGUCAGAAGCUCUUAUCUUACAAAAAACAGAGGUGAUGUUAGGAUGAAGAGGCUACUUCACAGUAAGAGAGGCAUCUGUGCUACUGAUAUAAGGGUGGAGAAGGGACCAGCUGGACCCAAUAUUUCUUUUCCAUGGACACGGCCUAGCAGGGAGAUGCAGCCUCUGUGUCCCUGGCCGCUGACCCACCGGCCUGAUGACAGCGUCCCCGUGUGCCUUCCCGGUUCAGUUCCGGCAGCCCUCAGUCAGUGGCCUCUCACAGAUCACCAGCAGCCUGUAUAUCAGUAACGGGGUGGCCGCCAACAACAAGCUCAUGCUCUCCAGCAACCACAUCACCACAGUCAUCAACGUCUCAGUGGAGGUGGCAAACACCGUAUACGAGGACAUCCACUAUAUGCAGGUGCCUGUGGCUGACACACCCACCUCGCAUCUCUGUGACUUCUUUGACCCCAUCGCAGACCACAUCCACAGUGUGGAGCUGAAGCAGGGCCGCACCCUAUUGCACUGUGCUGCUGGCGUGAGCCGCUCGGCUGCUCUCUGCCUUGCCUACCUCAUGAAGUACCACGCCAUGUCCCUGCUGGAUGCCCACACGUGGACCAAGUCAUGCCGGCCCAUCAUCCGGCCCAACAAUGGCUUUUGGGAGCAGCUCAUCCACUAUGAGUUCCAGCUGUUUGGCAAGAACACUGUGCACAUGGUCAGCUCCCCUAUGGGAGUGAUCCCUGACAUCUACGAGAAGGAGGUCCGCCUCAUGAUCCCACUGUGAGCCGUCCUGCCAGCCCCUGCCCCGGGGUCAGAGGUACAGAUCUGCCAUUGAUCCCACAUCGAGAUCUGUACUUGGACAUUCCGCUUUCAUUGAUAUAGAAAAACCAGAUGAUGCCUUUUAUAAGGGUGAGAAAAAAGGAAGGAUGCUGCAGCUUUUAACCUUAUAAUUCAUAUCUUUAAAGAGUCAACUUAAUAACUGUAAGAUGGUGUAGAUAAGUUUCCCACCCUGUGAGUGACAGCUCAUGGCUGCUGACCAGAGGAGAGGGUGAGCCAGGUGGUGCCAGGGAGAUGGACCAGCAACCAGUACACAGGGCAAGCCUGGAAUCCUGCAGCCCUCCCCCAACCAACUAGCCCAGGAAUGAGUCUGCCACAAUCCCACCUCAUUCUUUCGAACUCAUGCCAGCCUUAAGCAUCAUGGCACCUCCUGUGCUUCUCACAGUAAGUGCCAGCCUACUGGAUAAGUAGCCUUCAGGUGGUACUCCAGGGGCCCUGGGCCAACCCUGCUUCCACCUUCAACCACAGGGGCCCAACUCUGAUUUACUAGAUUGGACUUAUGCAUAAGAUGGUUUUCAAAGAAAGCAUUCCAUUGUAAAAAAUGUUUUAAAAAUAAUUCUUUUUUAUGUACAUAGCAAAGUCCCCCACCAGCUUUUGAUGAAAGGUGGCAUUAGUCUCCAUUUUGGGGCAUUUGUGGAGAGUGGGCCUGACAUGGAGCCUCAGGUUCAGAAGGCUGGAACUGCAGACCAGAAACUAGCCUUGUCACCUCCUGCUUAUGUGAUCUGGGGCCUCUUGGAGCCUCAGUUUCCUCAUUCAAGCAAUGACAGUGCUUUUCCCACAGGGUUGUGAAGACAACGAUUCCUCAGCAGGGUGCCUGGCACAUGGUAGGCACUCAUGGUAGGUACUCUCGUCAUGAACAAUGCUUUGGCCCUGCUGGUCUGGGUCAGCAAGUCAUCCUUGAUGGCAUUUCCCCCAUCCAUGCACAGCUCUUUAUUGCUUACAAAGUGCUCUUCCAAAAAGCUAUGCUGUGUGGGAAAGAAAUGGUUUAAGCCCUUUCAGACCCAGCCUCGGAGGAGGCCUAGACCUCGAAGCCUUGUCAGAGUUCUCAUUGUGUUUAAUCCACCUGCCACCUGGGAAUCCUAGAACAAGGAGCACUAUUCAGCUUCCUCCAAAGGGCCUUGUUUAGACUACUGAUCAUUAGAGCCAACACCCGGGUCUGACUAACCUCCGGGGUCCAAUGGGGCAUGUGCCAAAGGGGUGAAUGAGUGGGCCCUACCAGUAGGCCCUGAAAUCCAGGAUUGUUCAACACCCACUCAUAACCCUCCCCGCCACCCCCGCAACACACACUCCUGAAGCCUGAGGCUCUGGGUCAGGACCAGCUAUUCUAGUCCAGAGAUUUUUCAGAGAAAUAAUAUAUAGGGCAGACAAAAGCACAACUGCUGUGGAGGCCAAAUUCUCCUUCUCUUCAAACCUGCCCCAGUCCUGCUUCCACAAAGGACCUGCCCAGGGGUACCAUUUUCAGGUUGGUGGAGAAGGAAAAUCACUGCUCUAGGCUGAUCUCAUUUUAUAGAUGAAUAAACAGACCCACAAAUACCAGGGCUGGUGUGACAGAGCCCCACGAAGCAGAAAAAACCCAUUUGGAGAAAACCCAGAUGGAAAAUUUCUUUGAAAGCAUUUUUAAAGAGAUUUAUUUGGAUAUAUUGUGUUCCAAUUUUUAAAAAAUUUUUAAUUAACAUACCAUAAAAUUAACUUUCUCCUAUAUAACGUUAUAUGUAUUUUAACGCAUUUGUGUAACUACCUCCACGAUCCAGACACAGAGCCGUCCCAUCACCUUCCAGAUUUCCCUGUGCUGCACUUUGGUAGUCACAUCUUUGCCCCACCCCAGCCUCUGGUAAACAUCCAUCUGUUCUCCAUCCCUAUAGAUUUGCCUUUUUCAGAGUGUUACAUACUUAGAAUCAUAGGAGAUGUAACCUCUGGAGACUGGCUUCUUUCUAUGUAAUGUCUCUGAAAUUCACACAUGUGGCUUUGUAUGGCUAAGUGGUAUUCCAUUGUAUGGAUGUGCUACAGUUUGUCUAACAUUCACCCAUUGAAGGAGAUUUGGGUUAUUUCCAGUUUGGGGCAAUUUUGAAUAAAACUGCUACAAAUAUUUGUGUAUAGGUUUUUACAUGAACAUAAAUAAGUUUUCAUUUAUCUAGAUAUAUACCUAGAAGUGGAAUUUCCUCAGUCAUAUGGUAAAGGUUAUGUUUAACUUAUAACUACCAAACUUCCAGAGUGGCUCUACCAUUUUGCAUUCCACUAUGGGAGGUCAUUUCUCGCCAGUAUUUGGAACUGCCAAUAUUUUUUAUUUCAGCCAUCCUGAUAAGUGUGUGAUGUUACCUCACUAUGGUUUUAAAUUUGCAUUUCCCUAAUGGUUGAUGAUGUUAAGCAUCUUUUUUGUGUGUUUUGCCUUCCACAGUUCCUCUUCGGUGACCUCUUUCACCCAUUUUUAAAUUGAGUUGUUUAAUCACUAUUGAAUGUUGAGAAUUCUUUAUGUAUUUGGGGUACAAGUCCUUCAUCAGAUGUGGAUUUUUAAAUAUUUUCCCCUAGUCUAGCUUGUCUUUUCAUUCUCUUAAAAGUGUCUUUUGCAGAACAAAGUUUUAAAUUUUGGUGAAGUGCAACUUAACAAUUUUUCCUUUUAUGGAUUGUUGUUUUGGUGUCAGGUCUAAGAACUCUCUGUCUAAUCACAAAGCACAAAGAUUUUCUCUGUUUUAAAGCUUGACAGUUCAAAUUUUUCACUUAUUUCUAUGGUCCUUUUGUGUAAGGUGUGAGGUUUAGUUUGGGGUUCAUAUUUUUUCAUAUGAAUGUCUAAUGAUUUUAAUUCCAUUUGUUGAAGACUGUCCUUUCUCUGUAAACCUGCCUUUGCACUUUUGUAUAUGUCUAUUUUUGUAUUCUUCAUUCUGUUUGAUAUAGGUGUCUUUCUCUUCACCAAUACCACAUUCUUGAUUACUGUAGCUUUAUAGUAAGCCUUAAAAUUGGAUACUGUAAGUCUUCCAGUUUUCUUUUUUAAAAAAUUUUUUUGGUUCUUCUAAUUUCUUUGCCUUUCCAUGUGAAUUUUAGAAGCAAAUUGUCUAUAUAAAAAAAAAAUUGUGGAGUUCCCGUUGUGACUGAGCAGUAAUGAACCUGACUAGUAUCCAUGAGGAUGAGGGUUCAACCCCUGGUCUCACUCAAUGGUUAAGGAUCCUUUGUUGCCGUGAGGUGUGGUAUAGGUUGGAGACACAGCUCAGAUUCCACAUUGCUGUUGCUGUGGCGUAGGCCUGUGGCUGCAGUUCCAAUUCGACCCCCAGCCUGGGAACAUCCAUAUGCUUCAGGUGUGACCCUAAAAAGACAAAAGAAAAAAUCUGCUAGGAUUUCAACUGAAAUUGCAUUAAAUCUGUUGACCUAUCUGGGGCAGAAUUUACAUAGUUAUACCUAAAUAUUUUAUUUGAAGGAGGGGAUUGUAAAAAAGCUGUUUUUUUUUUUUAAUUUUGGUUUCCAAUUGUUCAUUGUUAGUAUAUAGAAACACAAUUGAUUUUUGUGUAUUGACCUUGUAUCCCAAUCUUGAUAAAUUCACUUUUCUUAGAGCAUUUUUAGAGAUUCCUUGGCAAUCUACAUGCCAUCUGCAAAUAGAAAGUUUUUAUUUCUUCCUUCCUAAUCUGAAUGCCUUUGAUUUCUUUUUUUAUUACUCUGGCUAGGAUUUCCAGUACGGUGAUGAAUAUGAGUGGUAAGAACAGACAUUCUUGCCUUAUUCCUGAUCUUAGAAAGUGUUCAGUCUUUUACUGUUAACUUUAAGGUUAACCAUAGGGUUUUUUGUAGUUGCCCUUUAUUAUGUUAAGGAAGGGUUGGAAAGUGUUCUCUUCUAUUUUCUGGAAGAGAUGUAUGAGUUGGUGUUACUUCUUUUUUAAAUGUUUCGUAGACUUCAGCAGUAAAACCAUCUGGGCCUGGAGACUUCUUUUUCAGAAAGAUUUAACUAUGAAUUCAUUUCCAUUAAUAGUUAAAGGAUUAUUCAGUUUAUUCAUUUCAUCUUGGGUGAGUUUUCGUAGUUUGUAACUUUUGAGGAAUAAGUCCAUUUCAUCCAACUGUCAAAUUUAUGCAUGUGGAGUUGUUUAUAGUAUUCCCUUAACAUCUUUAUUAUCUGCAGGGUCUACAGUGACAUCACCUUUUCAUUCUUCAUACUGAUAAUUUGUCUUCUCUAUUUCUUUGUUAGUCUGGCUGGAGGUGUAUCAAUUUUAAAAAGUCUUUUGAAAGAACUAUAUACCUUGUGUAUUUAAUUUUCUCUGUAUUCUUCCCUUUUCUGUUUCAUUGAUUUCUGCUCUUUAUUAUGUCUAUAGUUCUGCUUGCUUCAAAUUUAUUUUGUUCUUCUUUCUCAUUUCCUAAGGUGGAUACUUGGAUUAUUGAUUUGAGACCUGUAUCCCACAAAGGUUGAUAUACUGCAUUGUCAUUUUUGUUCAUUUCAAAACAUUUUCUAAUUCUCCUUGAAAUGUCUUCCUUAACCCAGGGACUAUUUAGAAGUGUGUAAUUUAACUUACAAGUACUUAGAAAUUUUAUAAACACCUUUCUGUUUUUGGUUUCUAGUUUAAUUCUAUCACAGUCAGAAAAUGUGUGAUUUCAUUUCUUUUAAUUUUGUUAAUGUUUACUUAAUGAUGUAGGAUAUGGUCUAUCUUUAUGAAUUCUUCAUGUGCACUUGAGGGAAAAAAAGGUUAUUUUGGAUGGAGUGUUCAGUAAAUGUCCAGUUGAUUGAUGGUGGUUUCAGUUCUUUUAUACCCUUCCUGAUUUUCUGUUUACUGGUUCUGUUGAUUACUGAGGAGUGUUGAAGUAUCCAACUAAAUUUGUGGAUUUGUGUACAUCUCCUUUCAAUUCUAUUAAUAUUUGUUUUAUGUAUUUUUAAUCUUUGUUGUCAGGUGCAUAUAUACUUAGGAUUGUUAUAUCUUUAUGGUGAAUUGACUCUUAUCAAUAUACAGUGUCUCUUUAUCCUUAAUUUUUUGAAGUCUGUUUUGUCUGAUAUUAAUAUAACCACUCUAGCUUUGUUUUAAGUAUGUACGUAUGAUUUUUUUUUACUUCCUUUUACUUUUACUUUUUUGUUGUUGUUGUUCAUGCCUGCAGCAUGUGGAAGUUCCCAGGAGGCUAGGGAUCAAACCCACGAGACACAGAGGUGACUUAAGCCACUGAAAUGACAACACCAGAUCCUUAACCCACUGCACCACAAGGGAACUCCCUACAUCCUUUUACUUUUAACCUACCUAUACUAUUAUAUUGAAAGUGGGUUUCCUAUAGACAACAUAUAGUUGAGCCUUUUUUUUUUUUUUUUUUUUUUUUUUUGUCUUUUUGCCGUUUUCUUGGGCUGCAUAUGGAGGUACCCAGGCUAGGGGUCAAAUCAGAGCUGUAGCCACCGGCCUACUCCAGAGUCACAGCAACGCGGGAUCCGAGCCGCGUCUGCAACCUACACCACAGCUCACGGCAACACCGGAUCGUUAGCCCACUGAGCAAGGGCAGGGACUGAACCCGCAACCUCAUGGUUCCUAGUCGGAUUCGUUAACCACUGUGCCACGAUGGGAACUCCUAGUUGAGCCUUUUUUAAUAGAUCCUAUUUGCCUCUUAACUGAUAUGUUUAAGCCAAAAAUACUGAUAUUUGGCUUUAGGUCUAGCAUUUUAUUAUUUUCUGUUUGUUCUUUCUGUUUUUCAUUCCUCUAUUUCCCUUUUCCUGCCUUCUUUUGGAUUAUUAAUAUUUUUAAAUAUUCCAUUUUAAUUUUAUAUAAUUUUUUUAGAGGUUGCACUAGAAAUUGCAGUAUACAUACUUAACUUUUCAAAAUCUACUUAAUAUCUUACUACUUCUUGCUGCUGUUCAUAUUGGGUAAUGUAUCCUUUUUCUCUUGCUGCCAUAACAAACUACCACAAAUAAUAAUGGUUUAAAACAAUAACUCUUUAUUACUUCACAAUUUCUGUAAGUCAGAAGUCUGACUGGGCUUGACUGAGUCUUCUGCUUAGGGUUUCACAAGGCCAAAAUCAAGGUGUUUUGAAAGGCUGAAAUCAAGUGUGUUUUUUACGGGAGGCUCUGAGGAAGAUCUUCUUCUAAGCUUAUUGAGACUGUUGACUGGAUUCAGUUCUUUGUAGUUGAAGACCCCAUUUCCUUCCUGCCAGCUGAGGGCUACUCUUUUAAGUCCAUAACCUGAGUUACAUCUGCAAAUUUUCUUUUAUCAUGUAAAGAAACAUUCAGUUUUCCAGGGAAUGGGGUAGACAUCUUUGGCAGAGAUGAACAUUCUUUUUAUCCCAGAUAAUUUCUGCUGAUCUACUUUCAAGUUCACAGAUUUUCCUCCUGUUACCUCUAUCGUGCUAUGAAGGCCAUUCAGUAUAUUUUCAAAUUUUGAUUAUUUUCUUAGUUUAAAAAAAUUUAAUUUGAGUAUGUUCUAUAUCUUCUAUUUCUCUGCUGAGACUUUCUAUCUUUUCAUUUCUAAGGUCUUUUUCUGAUAAUUCCAACAUUUGGGUCACCUCAGUAUUUAGAAUUUCUUGGAUCUUUGUAUCACCUCAGUAUUUAGAAUUUCUUGGAUCUUUGUAUCACCUCAGUAUUUAGACUUUCUUGAAUCUUUGUAUGUAGAGUAAUUUUGGAUUGUAUCCUAGACAUUUUGGAUAUUAUGAGACUCUAGGUCGUGGUUAAAUCCCGUGGAAAAUGUUGAGUUUUUACUUUAGGGGGCAAUUGAUCCAUUUAGGAUUAGUUUUAGUCUGCCUCCUUAUUAAAAACAAGACAGCAGGCCCCAAGUGAAGUCACUUAUGCUAAGCCCCACGUCACCAAACUGAAACUUAAUUAUAGUUUCAAUUCUCUCAGAAAUGGAAUAUUAAACCAUUCAAUCAGGAGUCAUCUGAUCAGCACUGGUUAACUGGUAGAUUUCUGUUAUCCCCUAAAAGAAAAAAACCUUGCAAUAACCAAUGCGAUUUUCUGCCUUGAAUAUCUUCCUCAUUCCUGCUCCCUUCUGCCUAUAAAAGCCUCCAUUUUGUACAGCUCCUCAGAGCUCUUCCUAUCUGCUAGAUUGGAUGCUGCCCAAUUUAUGAAUCCCUGAAUAAACCAAUAAGAUCUUUUAAAGUUUA